UUCAAUUUGUUCAUGAGCUAUUCCUCCAUAAUUCUUAUCAGUUCAUGAAAUUUUAACGCAGUUGAAAGGUAUAAAAUUCACCGCGGUAAGCAAUUUGAUAUUUCAUGAACAAUAAAAGAAGAAUGCUUUAAUUGUCGAAUUUGAAUCGAAAAUCAAGUUCAUCCAUACCAGAAACCCGGUUUACUUACAAGAAUUAGGACGAAAAAAAAAAGUUUAACGUUCUGUGGUUCUGAUUGAAAAAAAAAUGCGCUUGGCUGAAUCUUGUGCUGACUGCAGUUGAAUGCAAGAAUUGAGCGACAGCUGGAAUGUAUUAUAUUAGGAGGAAAACUUCGUCUAUUCUUCUGUGUGUGGUUGUGGUAUACGUUAUUUUAUUCAUUUAUAUCAUCAUUUAUUCGGAUGAUUUUCUGUACAAUCAAAAUGUCGUGAGUGAAAUGUGGUUACAUUCAGCUUCAGACAAUUACUGCUUCCCAAGUGCUUCCGCUCAUGCGCAGCAACCACUUUUGUUCAAAUUCUUUUACGCCUGUGAUAAGGAGAUCGUCUUUUUCGACAAGAUGUUUGCGGUGGUUAGUAAUGUUUUGUUCGAAUCUUUCAUCCGACCCCAAAACCAAACCCCUACAUCGCAACCUUCAACCAAAUUUGGUUUAAGAUCCCUUUCGACACAUUGCUCAGGCGUAGUGGAUAUAACGGGACUACAUCUCAAGGAGCCGAUUUUGACCUGGGUUAAACAAAUGAAACUAACUGAGAGGUUCAAUGACAAUGAAAAAGCCCCGGUUCAUAGAGAUAUCGGAUUAUUGUUAUCACGACACGACGAAGGGAACUUGUACCAUGCGAUGACCCAAAUGUACAAUAUUGUGAUAGCUAAGCUUCUUCUAGGGAUAUCGCCAAACAGAAGCGUUGUUGGUAUUUUUGCCGAUGAUUAUGGGAGUCAUACGAUUCUACAAGAAUUAUGGGAUAGCUUUUUUCAAGAGACCCUGCCACUAUCGGGAGAGAGUCAUAGAAAAUUUUAUUUUGAUAAACUUAUAAUAAUUAAUUCAGGUUAUGAAGGUUACCUUAACCAUCAUCGCUUAUCCAAACUUCCGUUCGUCGGGGAAUUCAAACAAUAUUUUAACAGUCUGUUUGGCACAUGUAGCCAAAGAAAACUGGACUGUUCUAGCAUUAAUAUCCGGGUAAUUCUGAGACAGGACGGAAUGUAUAGAAAUGGAACAACCAAAGUUACAGAGCGAAAAUUUUACAACGAAAGGAACUUGUUGAAGGAAAUUCAAAAGUCUUUUCCGAGUCACAGUGUGAAAGGCUUAAGACUUGAAAAUUAUCCAAUGAAAACACAGCUUUUAUUUAUUUCAAAAACAGAUUUUCUGAUUGGAGUACACGGAGCUGGAAUGACCUUUGCCCUUUUUCUACCGGAACAGGCAGGAGUGCUCGAGCUGUUUCCUUUAUAUAGAGAUACCGGAAAUGUUCAUUAUAGAACUAUUUCAAAAUGGCGGAACCUGCAUUACCGAGCUUGGCAAAAUUUUAAAACGGAAAAUGAAUUUCCAAACUUUCAAACUCAUUUUCCUGUUCGAGUGAUUGCGUAUUAUAUUCAGGAGUUUCUUAAUUCUAGAUGUAAACGUCACUCGAUGAGCUAACAAAAGAAAAUAGUUGUAUAAGUAUUAUUGAAUACAUGAUUUUUUGGGGGGCUAAGGAGAGGGAGUGGGGGGCAAAGAGAUCUACCUUAAUAUCAGGAGUGAACCAGGAAAGAAUUUUAUUGGGAAUUGAAUAUCUGUUACAUUAUUCAUAAUGAGUUGAAUUACUUAUUACAUAUACACUGUACUUGUCUUAACAAUGAGAAAGGUGUAUACAUGUACCAGGCCCCAAAAUCAUAAAUAUCUAUCUUUGUUGGUACUUAUUAAAUAAUAAACACAAAAGAUAAGAUGAGGAAAUUCUUAAGUUUUUAUUACCAGAAUAUAAAUAAAUAACAAACAAUAUUUAUUCAAAAAGACAUUUUACCUGCCCACGAUAUUAGAUUAAUACAUACAAAUGCUAUUUUUUUCCAAUGUUGAUGCUAACAGUCCUUCAUUCAGGUAUUCCCUAGAGUCCAAUUAGAUGUCAAGAUAAACUAAUGGAGAUACGGGACUCACAACUCUCUGUUAUGUAGGCAAAGCUCAGGCCAUGCUUUAGUUUACAUUUUCGUGCUGAAAAGAAAAUGCCAGGUUUAGAGGGAUAUAGACACGAUUUGAGCUCAACGUUUUUAAAAUUGUAUUUCUCCAUGCUUUAUGUCUAGAAUAUUUGAUAUUGGUAUUGUUAUUCCAUCACCUAAUUGGGAUGUCAAAUAUCGAGUGACAAGCGAGUUUAGAAUUCUUUGCUUCAUACGAAGAAACCUCGGGUCUUAUUUUUGUUUAAAUACAUAUAUGUGUUGUAUUGUUGUAAGUUUCAAUCAAAUCUUGCAGUG